UCGCCGGGUUAGCUAAACGCAAGUUGCACCAAACGAAGCCAAGUGCUUUAGAUGCAUUGCUAACUAUGGCGUCUAUAUGAGUGUUCCAUGACAAAUGAGAUGACAAAUGGACGCCCAAAUACUUUAUAGAGCAUGCUGAGGCUAUAGGCCGAAGUGAGCAAUAUGAAGCAAAGGCUAGCCGACGGAAUGCAGUCUGCUCCGACAGAUGGCGAUGCGACAGGUUGCAUGUGUUAGCACCUAUCCAAGCCACUCUAGUUCAUCGCUGGACUUCAUUUUAGCCUUGUUUUAAUACAUACAUGUAACAGUUUGCACAGCACUAAAUGUGCAUUGUAAUGCAGGCGGUUCAGCUUCUACGACGCUGCAGGAAGAGAAAAGCAAGAGUGCAUCUACUGACGUCAAAUCCAAUGGGGCUGCUUCAUGUGAUAAGGACGAGAAUGAAACAUGCACUCUUCCCGAGGAGGCUCCCAGUGAUCAAGCUUUAGGUCAGAGUCUGCCUCGGUUAAAGGAGCCACCCAAUGACUGCAAUGACCACAAGGAACAAGCUAGAAGUGAUUGUGCUUCCUGCAAUGAGUUGAAGGAGAAACUAAACAACAUGGAGGAAAAACUUGGACUGCUGCAUGAUACUGUGACAAAACUGCAGCAAAGGAAUGACCGUCUUGAAAGUCAGCUUGAUGCAUCCAAGUUGCAGUUGCUUACACUAGAAACAAUUCAGGAGUCGCCCAAGAGCUGUAUGUUUUACACUGGGUUACCGCGCUAUGAAGUUUUUCAUUCGUUGCUGCAAUACCUUACACCUAGGGCUGAUGAGAUGUCUUACUGGAACUGGGAAAAAAAGCCAAAAUGAAACUCGUGGCCGGCCGAAAGAAACUGAAUUAGCCAUGGAAUUUUUGAUGGUUCUUGUGCGGCUUAGGACUGGAAUGCGUGGAAAGGAGCUCGCGCGCAACUUCAGUAUAUCCGAAAGCCAAGUGAGCCGUAUUUUCACAACGUGGAUAAACUUCCUAGAGAGGGAGCUUCGGCACCUUAACCAUAUACCUUCACGAGAACAAAUUCUGCCUCACCUCCCAAAAUCUUUUCGACAUUUCGAAAACACGAGGCUUAUUUUGGAUGCCACGGAGGUCAGAAUACAGCGACCAUCGUCUCAAAGUGCGCAGCGCCAGACAUUUUCUUCCUACAAACACUACAAUACGUAUAAAGUCCUUAUUGGGUGCACACCUGACGGAUACAUAGCAUUUGUAUCUCGUUUGUGGGGAGGCUCUGUAUCGGAUAAAAAUAUUCUGCAGUGUAGUGGGCUUCUGGAUGACUUGGAGCCUGGUGAUGCUAUUAUGGUUGAUAAAGGGUUCACAUUCCCCUACUUGCCUCCUGAACUGACAGUAUACAGGCCUCCAUUUCGAGAACGACAUGAAAUGCAAAUGAAUGCCCAAGAUGUAUUAGAGACAAGGCGCAUUGCAUCGGCAAGGGUUCAUGUAGAAAGAGUGAUCGCACGUGUCAAAAGCUUCCAUAUCCUAGACAGGCCAUUUCCAAUUUGUAUGAUGGACAUUGCUGAGCACAUCUUCAAAGUGUGCUGCUUUUUAAGCAAUUAUCGAAAUGUACUCAUUAAGGACACCGACUAACAAGGAUGAAAAUAAUGCCUCGAGCAAUGCCACCUGCAAACUGCAGGUAGCCGUGAUCCUCAUUCCCAGAGCUUCCACAAGUUAUAGCUUGAAUAAGUCUAAGCACGCCGUGCAUAGCAUAGCAGCGAUUCUCAUUGCAUGAUCCCCUUCUUGAUCUAUACGUUUGCGCUUGUCAAGAAUUAAGGUAGCUAUACAAUUCAUAUAGAUAAGUUACGUAUAUGCUUUCCAUACUCCUUGAUUAUACACUUUAUUCGUGUCUGCUGGUGUUGUUACUCAACGCCUUUCCAUAGCCUCCAGAAGCUGUACAGACACGGGUUAUAUUUCGCAGAUUUCUCGAUCGCCUGAUUGAUAUAAUAUUAAUAUUGAAUAUC